AUGGAUCAAACUGAACUAUAUUCAUAAAACAUAGAAUAGCCAAAUAGUAUUAAUUAAACAGAAGAAAGACCAGAUUCUCUCUAUUUUGAGCAGAGAGAACAUGCUAAUUCUUAAUAUGGAGCAAAUAAUAAUGCGAUUUUUGGUAGUUCGAUCAAAAAGAUUUCUUCAAACAUCCUCCUUGAUUCCGAACUUGCAAAGAAUUUUACUGAAGAUUUUAAAAAUCUUUACAAAGAAGCUUGUCGCUAAACAGAUAACUACACAAUAAGGGACGAAAGACUUUAGGAGAGAAUAAGUAUUUAAGGGAGAGUAGCUCGUUUUAGUUUAUACAUUAAGGCAAUUUUUAUGUCGUUUUUACCAAUCUUAAUCACUGGAUUUGAGACUUUCAGCACAGUUAAAUACAUUACCAGCUGCAGCAAAAGUGGAGUAGAGUAGCCAUUAUCUGUUUGUGUGAGUUGCAACGGAAACAGUUAUACUUACAAUAUAUCACUGACUUAUAACAUAUUACUAUAUAUUUUUUGGAUUAUUGUAGUAGUUGCUUACUACUUUUUCUUCUUUUGCAUGAAAAAAGAAUCAAACUUGAUCAUGGGUAUGUUUUCUUUCUAGAUCAAAGUAAUUGGAAACACUUUAAGUGCUUUGAAAUAUCACUGGAUAGGAUUUUCAUUAUACACUUUUUUGCUUUGUCUGGCAGUUGUCCUAAAUAAAAUAGUUAGACUUUAUGCCGACUAAGAUAAUCAAACAGUAAACUGUAUUAAUAAUACAUCUGUGACUCUAAAUCUAACAGGAGAUAACUACACUACUGCUCAAUAUGUCACUUCUUUAAUCUUAACAAUUCUAUUUUCUAUUGAGUCCUAUAAAAUGCUGAUUAAAUUGGCAGUAGAACCAUCAUAUUGUUACUUAAACUCCUAAAAAGUUUUCCACACAGGUUACAGCACUGACACCGCUUAUAUAAUGCAAUAAAUUUCCAAGAUAACAAAAGAAUUGGAAUAUUCAAAGUUUGCAUAAGUGCUAUUAGAAACUUCAAAAGAAGCUAAAGUAAAUUUCAAGCUUCCUUUCACUAAUGAGUAUGUUAGAGAAGCAAUACUUCUCGUUACUGUAUUAAAAGUUAAUAGGGAUAAACUCUAUCUCCAGGGUAGCUGA